UAAGCGAGAUAAGAUUCCAGACUCCGAUGCGUCGAGGCAACUUGGCCAUCAUCAAAGAGUGGCAAGCGCAGGCGCUGGACGAUCUCGAGGUAGCAGAGUGUUCUCGAGAAACGCUCUGGGGAAAUUUCCAGGAAAAGCCGGAGCGACCUGGGAGACACAAAAGAAGGUGCGAGCCCGUUGCAGCAAAUGAAAAAUUAAUUACAAAGGACUUUCGGCCGGGCAGGUAGUCUGCCACAGGUAGUGUGGGUGUAUCCGAAAUCCUUUUUUCUCUACGACAAUGCUCACCUUUUGUCAACGAAGAUUUUCCCAUAAACAAGGCGCACUCGGCCUUAAUGAUAUUUCCAGGUAGGACCCUGAGAGCCCGGCGGUAUAAAAGCCAGGUUGCGCAGCAGCAGGAGCACAGUCGAGCCCAAACAGCCGCCGUGAAAACACCUUAGCAACAGAUCAUCUCAAACAACCGCAUCUUAAAACAACACCAAUUAUGGCACCUUCGAACAUGGAUUACCAGAACGAGUCGGAAGUCGGCGAGAGCUAUACCCACAAGAAGUUCAAGACCACGGCGUAUACGCACAAAAAGUUUGGAAAGAAGUGCGGCAAGGAGGUCGCCCCCACUGCCUCAGCCACGCCCCUCUUUCGUCCGUACGCCCUGAGCGAGAAUACUCCGCGGAAACGGCGUCAGGAGACUGAGCGGGAGGUCCAGCUGCAGCAGCAGUUGCCCCACCAUUCACUGCCUCCCACGCCGCCCACUACACCACCCCAGCAGCAAUACCCGCUUCCGGCCACCCAACUUCCGGUGGCCCAACAUCCGGUCGCUCACUCACCCGUUUUCAAUCACCAGGCCUACGCCUACAUGCUGCAGAAGCAGCGGGCCGUGCUCCAGAUGCGCCAGCUGCUCAACAUCAACCCGGAUGCCAACACCUGGCCUCUGGAAUGGCGACAGGCCCUGCAGGCGCUGCUUCAACAGUAGGUCAGGCGAAGGAGCCUGCCAACCAAUUAUACGAUUAGAAACGGAGUGAUUUGCCUAGCAACCAGUGAUAUAGACCUUUAAGUAACCGCCGACAGAUUGUACAUUAUGAACGGAAGCGAAGCCCUAGCGUAAUUGUACAUAACAUUAAUUAUAGACAAAAUAAAU